AUGAGACAGCUGUUGGAAAGAACGAGAGGACUCAUCCGACCACGUCCUCCAGAGGAGUUAUUCACUGAUCUAUACUGGUACCUACGUUCUACAUACCCAUAUAAAUAUACAGAUCGUCUUCUUCUCCCUUUGAAUACGAUGGAGUUAUUCGAAAGCGUCAUGCCGAAUUUACACGAACAUUCGUUUCGAUCCAUCACUUCGACGAUCAAAUUCAAAUUAUCUCGUUUUCCAACCACAGUUUCGCGUAUGACAAAUCGUAUUGUUUAUCAACUACUUCGCCGAAAUACACGUCAUUCAAUGAGAGCAAAACGAAAAUCAUCGGAAUUAACAGCCAAUAUGGAUUCAUAUCAAUCAACUCCAUCAGAUAAUGAACUUCAGCAAUUACUUUAUAUUUAA